GAAGGGGCGUGGCUGCUGUCCCUCGCAGCACGGAAGGAGAACGGGGCGGUGUCGCGGCCCGACCCGGCCCGUCUGCAGCGCCCAGCCGAGCGGGGAGUGAGCGAGUGACGGGAGGUGGCCCCGGCGACAGCGGGCCGGGCGCGGGCGGCCCUCGGCAGCUAGCGAGGAACAGCGGCCGGGGAAGCCUCGGGAAGGGGCUGAGCCGCUGCAGGGAUGAAGGACAGGCUAGCUGACCUGGCAGAGGUGAGGGGUAAAGGAAAUGAAGAUGGAGAGACAGUUAUUAUUGAAAAAGAACAUUUUAUGGAUGACUUCUUCCAACAGGUUGAGGAACUUAGAAAUAACAUAGCAAAAAUCGCACAAAAUGUGGAAGAAGUGAAGAAGCAGCACAGCAUUAUCCUGUCAGCACCAAAUCCUGAAGGAAGAACAAAGGAAGAACUUGAAGAAUUAAAUGAGGAAAUAAAGAGGAUUGCUAAUAAAGUCCGAGCCAGGUUAAAGGCUAUUGAACAAAGUGUUGAUCAGGGUGAAAAUGCUAAUCGGACAUCAGUGGACCUCAGGAUAAGAAAAACACAGCACUCUGUAUUAGCUCACAAGUUUGUGGAGGUCAUGACGGAAUACAACGAGACCCAAACUCUCUUUCGAGAACGCAGCAAAGGUCGGAUACAGAGACAGUUAGAGAUAACUGGAAAGACCACCACUGAUGAGGAACUGGAAGAAAUGUUAGAGAGUGGUAAUCCUUCAAUUUUCACUUCUGAUAUUAUAUCAGACUCUCAAAUAACCAGGCAAGCUCUGAAUGAAAUUGAGUCACGUCACAAGGAUAUUAUGAAACUGGAAUCUAGCAUACGGGAACUACACGAAAUGUUUAUGGACAUGGCAAUGUUUGUGGAGACUCAGGGUGAAAUGAUUAAUAACAUAGAAAAGAACGUGAUGAAUGCAUCAGAUUACGUGGAACAUGCAAAAGAAGAGACAAAAAAGGCAGUUAAAUAUCAAAGUAAAGCACGAAGGAAACUGGUAUUCAUAAUUAUAUGUGUAAGUGUAUUGCUUCUGAUACUUGGAAUUAUCCUAGCAACAACACUGUCAUAGCAAGCACAUUCCAAGAGUUUACGAACCUUCAGAAACUCCAAAAUACAUCUUCAGGAAAACCAAACAUUUUUUAAUAGAUGAUGCCUUACACUGUUCCAUGAUGAUGACCUAUCACUAAUGGUUAAAAACAAAAUCACUUUUAAUGUUUACUCAUAAAUGAGUAUCAGAAUGUAUUAGGAUAUGUAUGGAUUUUCCUCAUAAACUAUACAUUUGUAAGCAUGAACCUUAAUUGUUUUGAACUAAAGUAACUUAGGAUUUGUUUUCAUAUCUCAGGGUUACAGACAGUUUAAAUAGGGAAUGGAGAGACUUGAGUUCUGACAGUUUGGCUUUUUUCCUAUUGCUAACAGAAUUCUAAUAAUGAAUUUUAGUACCUUACUAGUGCUGUUCUUGUUAGCACUCUUGUGAAUGUUUUUAUGCAAUGUAGCCAUGUCUUUAAGUGUAUUAAUUAUUUAGUAACCAUAAACUAUCUAAGCUUUAUACUUAACAAAAGUUUCAUCAGUAAGUGCUAGAAUAUUUUAUCCUGAAAGGCUACUUAUUUAACUGUCUGCCUGCCACUUCAGAAGAAAAAGCUAUUUUUGCACUUUCCAGGUUGUGGUGUUACUUUCUCUUCCAACAUGACUAAGGUUAAUUGCUUUAAAUAUUUCCUUGCCUUGAUAGUAAAAAUGGGAUUGUAACAUUUCUGGUAAAAGAACGCAGUAAUGAAGUGCACCAGAUUUGAACCUGAGCAGAUAACAUUACAGAUAGUCUCUGUGCUAAGUGGAUCAGUUUUACCUUAGCGUUCAUAUGACAAAAAUUAACACUUUUUCUCUAAAAGUCAAGAUUUCUUACUCAGAAGCUUGCUAAUGUUGAUGUAUGAAUACAGCACCUAGGGAUAAACUCCCUCAGAACAGGCUGAGAGGUAAUACAAACUAAGACACUGAUUUGUUAUGAAAAGUUUGUUAUAUAACAUAUAUGAAGUGCUUUAGUAUCUACACACCUGUUGCAAUGCUAGCUUACAAGACUUGAAAGUCUUCAACUGUAACCAAGUAACUGCAUUUUAUGUUACAGGUUAUUUUUGUAUUUUUUUGUGUAAAAUAUUUGUAACUUAAAUUUUUGACUUCUCAUUGUUUAAGGAUAUCCAUGUAGAUAUGUAGAUAUAUUUACACUGUAAAAGCAUUAGAGGAAAGUAUGUGUGCCUUUUUAAAACACAGUCUAAAGCUGUACUUGUCAAUGUUAACUUCAGUAAGGUGAUCCUAAAAGCUUAAAAGCCUUAAACCUAUGUUUUGUUGAGUGUCUGAGAUCCAAGUUACCCAGUAAACUAUAAUUCAGUCUGUUGACCUAAUGAAAUUGAGCAAAGUUUACAGUUUGUAUUGUAUAUAUUAAUAUUCUUGCUUUGCUGUCCAAAUACACUGUGAAUGUGCUGGAGCUAUUCAGAUGUCAAACUUGUUGCUUUUUUUUUU